GUCAGCCAGGCGGUCCGGCGCCUGCGCGCGUGUCGGGAGCCGUCGGGCUGCUGCCUCUUCCGCCGCACCGACUUCGCUGCGGGGCAGGUGGGUCCUGAGUCCCGGGGAUCGGGAGUCAGGGGCGGGCGCCCAGCCUUCGGAGCGCGCUGGAGCUGAGAAGGGGCCCCAGGAACGCGGCCGUAGCCGCAUCAUGCCCAAAGUCACACUCCAAACGGCAGCUGUAGAGAUUUCGCUCUAACAUCGGGCUACCUGGACUGUGUCCUGCAGGUGAGGAGGAAGGCCGAGCAAUUCAGGCUUGUAGCCCAGAGUCCUCAGCCUCGGCUUCCAGAAACGGAAAAUGCUGUGGGUCGGGAGCCAGAGCUCUUUGUCCUAGUCUUCGCGGUGCCACUGACUCCCUGCGUGGCUUUGAGCGAGUUCCCGCCGCUUGCUGGGCCUCCGUCUACCCAUCAGUAAAGUGAGAGGGUCUUUGGAUCUUCUGCUGUGAGGAAAUCCCAGCAACUCUGACCCACGAGGCCUGGAAAGAGGAGACCUUUGGGUUGCAGAAGGGGGUCUUGUCAGGCUCAGUUUCCCUUUAGCCCCUGGCAGACCUGGGGUGGAUUGUCCCCCUCCUGCAGACCCAUGGCGCAUCGGCUACAGAUACGACUGCUGACGUGGGACGUGAAGGACACGCUGCUCAGGCUCCGCCACCCCGUGGGACAGGAAUAUGCCACCAAGGCCCGGGCCCACGGGCUGCAGGUGGAGCCCGCCUCGCUGGGACGAGCCUUCAGGGAGGCGUACAGGGCUCAGAGCCUCAGCUUCCCCAACUAUGGGCUGAGCCGCGGCCUCACCUCCCGCCAGUGGUGGCUGGAUGUGGUCUUACAGACCUUCUACCUAGCAGGUGCCCGAGAUGCCCGCGCUGUGGCCCCCAUCGCCGAGCAGCUGUACGACGACUUCUGCAAGCCCUGCACCUGGCAGGUGUUGGCGGGGGCUGAGGCCACCCUGAGGGGGUGCCGAAAACGAGGUCUGAGGCUGGCAGUGGUCUCCAACUUCGACCAGAGACUGGAGGACAUCCUGAUGGGCCUUGGCCUGAGGGAACACUUUGACUUUGUGCUGACCUCCGAGGCUACCGGCUGGCCCAAGCCUGACCCCCGAAUUUUCCAGGAGGCUUUGCGGCUUGCUCAAGUGGAGCCAGCGGUAGCAGCCCAUAUUGGGGACAGUUAUCCCUGUGAUUAUAAGGGGGCGCGGGCUGUAGGUAUGCACAGCUUCCUGGUGGCUGGCCCAGAGCCUUUGGACCCUGCAGUCAAAGAUUCUGUAUCCCAGGAAUUCCUCCUCCCCUCACUGUCCCAUCUCCUGCCUGCCCUUGACCACCUGGAAGCCUCAGGCCCAGAACUUGGAAUCUGAUGAGGGAAGUGGCCGGGCCCAGCAAACGCUGCAGACAGAGAGCCCCUUCUUUCCUGAGACCUGGCCUUUGCCCCUGUCCCUGCAGCGUCCACGUGUGUUGUGACUAUAAAGCAGUGAACGCUGCCUCUGGUCCCUGA